GGAUUGGUCUGAUCGCAUGCGCAAGUUGAGCCGAACCGGCGCGGUUCAUGGAAAGCAUACAAGAAUCGUGAGAAGCGUCAAGUGCAUGCAGGCAUUCGAACAUUCAAACUCGGAGAAUGCCACAAGCUGCAAGAUGGGUGGGCACUCCCGCCAUCAAGGGACGAAGGGAGUGGGUGCGCAUGGUGCUGCUGACAUUUAGUUUAUUGGGGCUACAGUUCACCUGGGGCAUUGAGAUGACUUAUUGCACCCCAUACCUGCUCCAACUGGGCCUCACCAAAUCUAAAACAUCGCUUGUCUGGAUUGCUGGUCCUCUCUCCGGCUUGAUCAUCCAGCCCCUCAUUGGUGUUAUUGCUGACCGGUCUCGAUCCAAAUGGGGACGGCGCAGGCCUUUCAUGAUAAUCGGCUCGUUCGUGGUCGCAAUGUGCCUGCUUGUUCUCGGCUGGACAACUGAGAUCGUCAACAUGUUUGUCAAGGAUACGGAAAAGGCCAAGAAUGUCACAAUUGCUCUUGCAGUGCUGAGCAUUUACGCCGUCGACUUUGCCAUUAACGUCGUCCAAGCGUGCUGUCGCAGCUUGAUUGUCGAUACUUUGCCUAUUCCCCUGCAGCAGACCGGAUCAGCAUGGGCGACGAGGAUGACUGCAAUUGGCCAGCUCAUCGGAUACGUCAUCGGCUCCAUUGACACGGUUAGUGUAUUUGGCUCCAUCAUCGGCGACACGCAGUUCAAACAGAUGACGGUCAUUGCUGCAUUGUCCUUGCUCGGUGCGGUUUUUGUCACUUCUUUCGCGGUCAAGGAAAGGGUCUUGAUCACUGCGAGAGACUCCGAUAGCCAGGCUGGAGCGCUAGAGGUGAUUUCUCAACUUAUCAAGACCACCAUGGACCUGCCGCCGCGCAUUCAGGCCAUCUGUUGGGCGCAAUUCUGGGCUUGGAUUGGUUGGUUCCCCUUCCUCUUCUACAGCACGACCUGGGUUGGUGAAACCUACUUCCGAUACGAGGUCCCCAAAGACGCAACACAUCCAACCGACAUGCUCGGCGAAGUCGGUCGAGUGGGUAGUUUGUCGCUAGUCGUCUUCUCCUCCAUCACCUUUAUCGGCGCCGUUCUCUUGCCAUUCUGCGUUCAACCUCCAGACAGCAAGCGGCCCAGAUUCACGCCGCGCCCUCCCCCGGGAAUAGCCUCACUGCUGAAGAAAGUCAUGGCCAUUCGCCCCGAUCUUCAAACAACCUGGCUGAUUUCGCACAUUAUGUUCGCCGCGACCAUGAUCUUCGCCCCUCUCGCCCACUCCCGAGCAUUCGCAACCUUCCUCGUAGCCCUCUGCGGCAUCCCCUGGGCUGUCACCUGCUGGGCUCCCUUCGCCUUCAUGGGCGUAGAAAUCAACAAACUCGCCAUGGGUCCCUCCCGCUCCUCCGGCGUGACAAUGAUCACCUCCAGUAGCCCUUACAGUGACAGAACCAUCGACACAGAAAUGGACGUCCUUCGUCUCAACCACCACGACCCAGACAGUGACAGCGACAUUGAGGACGGCGUCUCCAACACCCCAUCAACAGGCGAACUGGCAGGCAUCUACCUCGGCGUCCUGAACGUCUACACAACCCUCCCUCAAUUCAUUGGUACCUUCAUCAGCUGGAUCGUCUUCAGUGUCCUCGAGCCCGGGAGCACCAAACGCGACGACACGGCCCAGGAAUCCCAAUGGAUGAAUCUAGACAAGACAACUCCGAACGCCAUCUCCAUUUGCCUUUUUAUCGGGGCAUUGAGUGCCAUCGUCGCCGUUGAGGCUACGCGUCGCAUGCGAUACACAUCUUAAGUGUUCCUCUCUACCUUUCACUGAAAGAGAAUGAUCCCGCCUCAUUCUAUUCCACAUUAUACGCUUCUUGUGUGGGACAUCGUCCUAUAUAUAUGACAGGACGACCCCGACGAUUUUUCUUCUUUUCUGUUGAUCUUUUUGUAUACUUCGAUACCCUGAUACAAGCGGUUGUGGAUU